UUUUCUCCUUAGUUGAUGACUUUUAUUUUGAAAUGUCUGAAAAUGACGCCUCUUCUUCCGGCUGGAUAACGCUUACAGAAAUGUCAUGAGUAAAAGUGCAAUGCAUUUUAUGUCAAUGAGGCGUUGUAAAUCAUCAGUAUGAAACCUCCAGUGAGUGUCCUGCGGCUGCCCAGAGGUCCGGAUCUGAACAGCCGCGGUUUCGACCCGAACUCCCCCCGAUUCAUCGCGCUGUGUCCUACAUCAAUCUCCUCUUCAUCUUCAUCAUCGGGAACAGGGAUUAAAGAGGAGCAGCGGCUACGAUCGGAGCUGCGGGAGAGAUUUCUGCGGACGCUGUUAGUGAUGACCGACAAAAAAGUGCAGUUCAACAUGUAUGAGAAAGUGCAGGUACGGGCGAAGUUCGGGGCCUCCGACAUAGACGUCCUGAAUUUUCAGGUAUCUGAUUUGGAGACUCCCCUUGGCGUGCAGAAAGAAGCCCUUUUGAGGUGCCAGGAUGUGAUUUCAUGCUCGUUUGAACUGUGAACUCUGGUUGAUGAAGAAGCGCAAGGUUGAUGUUGUGCUGCGAUUCUUCUCUAAACCACAAGAGGGCGGCAGAAGUAUGCUGAUUGUUUAAUGAGUUCAAAGAAAUUGGGUUCAAUUUUUUUCAUGUUGUAUUUUGUAAUAAAAGUUUGCAAUGUU